UCAAACUUGUCUCCGUGUCUCUGAAGUCAGUUGAGACGUUUCAGGAUUACCUCUGACAGAAAUGCUGAAAAGCUUCAAACUCAAGACAUUUUCUUGAAACAGCUGGAUCAUGAGCAGCUCUACAGAGACGUCAGAGUCCAGACUCAAGGCCCUGCAGAGCCACUUCACCUGGGAGCUGCAACCCUCCAGGUCCAAACUGACCUACCUGCGGGACGCCCUGGGAGACAUCGGUACCGAUGAGGGAAACUUCUGGCUGGGUCACAUCUACAACCUGCGGGGCUUCGUCCAGUACCAGCUGGGCUCUAGUAAAGACGCCCUGGACCUCUUCAACCGGGCCGCUGAGACCUUCCAGAGGCAGAGAAACGCUGUUGAAGGUCCCUGGCUGAUGGUGAACUUUGGGAAUCGGGCCUGGCUGCACCAUCACCUGGGAGAAGAUGAGAGGAGUGAAGACUUCCUGUCAAAGGUCGACGGUCUGAUGAGCAAAUACCCGGCUCCACCUGAGGUAGAGCGCCACCCAGAGGUCUUGGCUGAGAAGGCCUUGACCCUGAUGAAGUUUGAUAGAGAGAAGCAGCAGCAGGCUGCAGAGCUCUUCCAGAGAGCCAUCCGGAUGCAGCCGGACACCGUGGAGUGGCAGAGCAGCUACGCCAUACUAUCAGCACAAAAUCUAGAAGAAAGCAUAAAGAAGCUGUUCGCUGAGCGGCUGGAGACGCUGAGAUCAGCCAAAGAACAAGAUCCAGAGAACUUAUGCAUCGCUGCUCUUUAUCUGGAGGCCAAAGCUGAAAAUGGAGAAAUUGUCCAGGAUGAAGCUCGAGUUUUGGCUGAGAAGCUGAAAGAGAAACCUGCCAACAGCUACAGUGGAAUCAACCCAUUGCUGCGUCUGAACAGAAGGUUUAAACUGGAAGACGACGCAGAUGAAGCUGCAGACGAAGCUCUGAAUCAAACCCAACAGCAAAGAUCUGAUGCGGAGAAUCUCACUAAGAAGAUCCUUAGAGACAACAAACCUGACAGCAACGAGAUCAACAGAGCAAUCAGACUCUGGGAGGAAGUGAUUCUUAAUGAUCCCCAACCCAAACUUGAAGAUAAAAUUACUUUAGCAAAGCUAGACAAAGAGAGAGCUGAGCAGAUUUACCAAGAGCUGCUGGAAAGAGAAGAUCUGGAUCCAGCAGGAAAACAGAUGCUUUACAACUAUUACGCCAAACAUUUAUACUUUCAGAAAGAUGACAGAUGCAAAUCUAUUAAGUACCACAUGAUGGCAGCAGAGAUCCAGGAAGAGUCCAAAUAUCGACAUGCCAGCAUCACAGAGCUGAAGAAGACCUGGACAAGAGAAACGUCCAGAAGAAACGGAGACGCUGAUCUGUGCCAACGCAUCCAGGAGUUUCUGGCCAGACUGGGAAUUCAACCUGAAACCCAGAACCUCCAAAUGUGAUCAGAUCAUGUUCUAGUUCACAUGAGCAUCAAAUAUGAGCUGAAUUACAGAAUCUUUUAAAAUCAAACAAUCAGCUUUUACUUCCAGUCCCUCGGACCGACUAAGGAAAGGAGAUCAGGCUUUUUCUGUUGUUGCUCCUAAUUUAUGGAACAAUUUGCCUUUUCAGAUUAGAUCUGCUAGCAGUCUGGAUCAUUUUAAAUCGCUUCUCAAAACUCAUUUUUAUUCGUUGGCUUUUAACUGAAGCAAUUUCUUGAUAUUCUGUUUUUAUCUAUUUGUGUUACUGUCGUUCCUGUGCAGCACUUUGGUGCAGUUUUAUACCUGUUUUAAAGUGUUAUAUAAAUAAAUUUGACAUUGAAUUAUUUAGACAAGCAAGUUGUUGUCAUAUCUAUAUCUGGGUCUUUUUCUGUAGCUUUAUUUUAUUAUUAUUAUU